AUGAAGUAUCUAUGUCUAUCGACAAUAAUAGUCGGAUUUUUGGCCCUAUUUCAGGGUGCCGAAGCUCUUCGUUUUGAGCUUGCUGCUCAGCCACACAAUGCCGAACCACAGUGUGUUAGAGAGUUUGUUUCCGAUGGUCAGCUUGUUGUUGUCACAGCCACCAGUACCGGACAGGUUGGUGACGGCCAGGUCUUGUCCAUGCGUAUUACAAAUGCAGACGGCGAUGAAUACCGUCGUAAGGAUGACAUUGCAGGCACGAUCAAGGUUGCAUUCAGUGCCCACGAAACCUCUAGCUUUGACAUAUGUUUUACAAACCGCUUGCAGCCAGGCUACAACCACCAUGGACGUCAACUUUCGAGAGAAAUUGAGUUGGAAGUCGAGGCCGGUGCCAACGCCAGAGACUGGAACGCCAUCCAGAGUGCCGAGAAAUUGAAGCCCUCUGAGGUCCAGUUGAGAAAGGUUGACGAGAUGCUUGGAGAGGUUAUCACCGAGUUGGAGUAUUUGGUUAAAAGAGAAGAGCGUUUGAGAGACACCAACGAGAGUACCAACCGUAGAGUCAAGAACUUCUUCGUCGCAGGUACCCUGAUGUUGGUGGGCGUUGGUGUUUACCAAGUUCACUAUCUGAGAAACUACUUCAGAUCUAAGCAUAUUCUUUAG